CAGACCCCUAACCCAGAAACACGCAGGGUCCACCAGCUUGGCGCUAACGUCACCCCAUGUACCCACUCGGAGCCUCAACGCCCGAACCUCAGCACCGAAACAUUCACACGAGUCCAACUUCACGCCGCCGCAUAUCCCACAGCUUACACUCCUGACCUCAUCUGUCAGCGCAUCGAGCACACCACAUUCAAACUCCCCGCCCGUACGAACAGAGAGAAGCAACCAUGUCGGACGCCUACGAGCGCGAACGGCAGAACAACUCGCGCCUCGACGAGCUCUCUGCGAAAGUGACUGCGCUGCGGGGCGUGACGAUAGAUAUCUACGACAACGCGCGAGAUCAGGGGGUUAUUGACUCGACGAGCGAAACCUUCUCUUCGUUUUCGACGAGUCUGAAGGGGUCUGCGGGCAGACUAACCCGCAUGGCCGCCUCGGGCAACAAAGUCGCCGUCCUCAAACUCUCGGGCAUAAUCAUCGGCGUCGUGCUCAUCCUGUACUUCUUAUACCAUCUGGCAUUCUAGGCGAGUGCGCUUUCCUACCAACUGCUCGUCUGGACCGGUACUGCGCUAUGCUCGGCGGUGUGCGGACUGGGCCUUCUGGCAUGGCAGGCAGCCGAGAUGUUAUUCCGGGCUAUGGCUGCCGUUUGCCAUGCUGUGGCGGGCGUUGAUCGCAUUGAAGGGGCUGUACGAUUGAGGCAAUAAGUUCAAGAUUAGGAUUGAUGUUACGACAUACUAUAGGGAGGAAAGCUCAAGGGCGGAUGUGAACGAGCUUGUUUAUACGUGUAUCAAGACUUGCUUGGGUCUGAAGACUGGGACGACCAAGGAGGAGUUGUAAGGGAACAAAGCU